CAGAAGGAAUACAACCAGCGCCGAAUGCUGCUCGCCGAGACCGUUAAGUUCUUUCGCAGGCUCGAGAAGGCCGCUUACGACCACGAACGACAGCUGGCGGACCGGAAAGAGUGGACCGAUUUCCUGUCGUGCCGCACAACCCCGGAUCCCGCCAGCCCGCCCGAGCUGCGCGAGUGUCUGUUCCGGUGGGUCUUUCAGCAGGAAGCGCUAGCAAAGUGUACGGUCAGCUGGACGCUGGCAGCGGACGAGCGGAGCCCGCUGACGCAAGACCCGGGCCGGAAGCGAAAUACGAGAAAAGAUCUGAGGGAAACCUUCCGUAACAUUGGCGAAAUUUACUUGCCGACGAUUUGUGAGGCACUGGCCGUGCUGGAAUCGAUCCAAGCUAAUGCCGGCCGGGGGCAGCAUCCAAUGGCCGUGGAAGUCGCACUGGUACGGGACGAGAUCCGGAAGUUCAUUAGCGAUUCGCUGGACAGGAUGACCUUUCGCAUUGGGAGCAACAUUGCACGGGACAUGGAGACACUGGAUCCCGUGAUGAGUGACUUCCAUUUCCCGGCGAACGAUGUACUUGCGAUGUAUCUUUGGACCUUUCGUCCGGUUCCACUCGCGCCAGAUUAUAAUCUGCUUAUGAAAGUUAUCGACAUGGUCCCGCUACAGCUUGUGCUACACCGUCCCCCGGCGCUGGAGCUGAAGGACUGUCUAAUCCGGGGACUCUGGCAAGUGUUCGAUCACUACAGCAAUAUGGACCCCACGCACACCAUCCCCAAGCUGAUGCCCGUGCCGGAGCUGUCCGCCGCACAGGAAGCGGAGUGGAACGAGCGGCAAGAGGUGAGACGGAAGCGUCUGACAGCGUUACGGAAACUACGGGAAGAUUACGAAAGCGAACAACGUCGUAAACAGGCCGAAGCGGAAGCACUCGAAGCCCAAAAGGGUGGCCCUGGCGCAGGUAAGGAUGCGAAACCCGCCGCAAAGUCGGCGGGCAAAAAGGGAGCGAAAGCGGCGAAACAAGCACCGGCCGACGAGCCGGUUCCAGCGGUGAUUACGGAUGAGACCGAGGUUGACAUUGACGCUGAGUUCGAGCGGCAGGAAAGCGAUCGAUUUUGGGACAGCCUCGACGUUGUAGCGCCCAAAUCGCUACCCCUCAGGCAGGGCUACAUAAACCUGCGGGAGUAUGCCAUCGUCGGUGGCGUGUUCGAGCUGGCACGCUUCGACAAGCUUCCGCAGCCGGUGGAGCUGAGGCCCGAUUUCAUCUACACCAACGUUCCGGUUGGUUUGAAGUUGACAGAAAAAGGGUAUCGUGCGUUCGAGAGCGAAGAGUUGAUUAAAAUUGAGCUCCAACUCCCGGCCCACUGCCACUGGUGGGAAGAGCCGACCGUCUGCUGCUGGGAACCGUGGGAGGAGGGUGCCCAGUUCACCCAACUACCGUCGGAAGUUCAACAGUUUCACCUCAACUAUGACGAAAUCGAGGCCCGCAAAGCGACACUCCUGUUUGCCGCACCAGAACCUCGCCGCCUACGGGUGCUCGCUGUCGAGCCGAAAACCAUUGAAGACUUUAGCCUCGUGGAUAUUCCGCUCGAGCUGCGACUUCACUACCUCAUCCGCGAGCACCUUUUGCCUUGCGUCCCGGAAGGUUAUCGAUUCCGGGUGGAGCUGAAGCGCUUGUACACCAUCCUGACGGAGCGAGCCGAACGCCGGAAAGCACGUGACCGUGAGCAGAUGGCACGGGACGGGAUGUUGCAGAAGUACGACCAAUUUCUCACCAAGUGCCAUCAUCAUCACGGGGGUCCAUCGCUAGCGCUGUCGGAAAUGCGCCUCCCAAUCGAUUCCGAUAUUGACAUCGGCGAAGAAGCCGGCACCAACUCUAGGCGUUCCAGCGCGUCCGUGCGGGCAGACGAUGCGGAGCGAUUGCAGGAAAUGGAUGAAAAAUUGCCACAAUUUUCAUUGGCACCUUCGGAUGGGCCGAGAUACCUGCAUCCUCCCGCUCUGCUCUAUCAGCCGCUAGAAUUCGGCCGGUUCGAUGGUGCCGAAACGAGCGCCGGCGAACAGGAAAUGGAGGCACUCGUGCGGAGCAUGGAAUCGCCCAACGCAAUGCUGGACAAUGAUUCCAAUGAGCGAUUGUGCGAAACGUUUUCCACCUUUAUGAUGCUGCUCAAUUAUUUGCGGGAAAAGGAACGGCCCCAUUUUCCACCGCUGCCACCGGCCGUGGAUGAAACAGCCGGACAUCCGGCGCCCACCCAGCAUCCGGAUCGGGACAAACAACCCAGGCGACCUCAGAUUCGUACGACGAAAAAGUAUCCUCUCGGGUUGGGCGAACGAACGCGAACACUGUCCGGGAUGAGUGAGGCCGCAUUGUCGCUGGAGGAGAAAAAGAAACGCAAACGCAAAAAGUCGCUCGAUAGUGCCAGGGCUCAGCAGGAGCACUUAGCGUCACAGGACGCGAAGACACUGCCCGAGACAAAGCCCAGCGCGGAGGAGGAGGCGGAGGCUCUGUCGUUGAUCGAACACGAGCCGGGUCGAUGGUCAACGAUGCCAAUACGCAACCAAUCGUACGAUCCGGACCGACGGGUGCUCACUUUCUGGACUGACCGGUUGGGAGUUUAUGGGUUAGCUGCGCGAAAGUACUUCAACAUUCCAAUCGUGCACUGGGACAUUCGUCGCCACGGCCGGAUCGCCAAUCUGACGACGGCCAUUACACUCUCCACCAAGGCACUGCAGAUCGUUUUCUACGUCACCUCGAACGGCUAUCGGGUGGAGUUGCAGGAGCACGCUAAACGUCAAUCGAAAAAGUCCGAGGAUGCUCCACCGGUUGUGUUACACCCCACCGAUGGAACCUUUUCGCUGGACGAGCUUGAACGCUACCUUCUCGGGAUGAAUGUUCACGUAUUUCCGCAAGUGGAUACCUGUUUUUACGUCCCCGGGUUGGAGUCAACGGCCAGUCCGAAGCAUCCUUCAAUGGAAACGCACAAUUUGCGGUGUUUGGGUGUGUUCUGUAUGACGCACAACUUUCAGUCCUGCCUGUGGAACCGGUACGCCAAUCGGCGCACUUCACUCAUACUCGGCCGGGAGCUUAUCGAGGGCCGGAACGAGCCCGAAUUUCGUACCGUCAUGAUAACGCCACUUAAGUCACAGCACGUCGAAGUGGAGGAGCUAUGCUCGGAUUCGCUGGACGAAAUCCUGUUGGCGUUCCAUCCACGUCCAGUGGAGCAAAGCUACAAUGCGGACUGUUACGGCCUGCUGAAGGAUGGGCUGGAAGAACCGUCGCGCAAGGUGCUGGCCAAAACGCCAGCCCUGCUACAAUCGAACGUCGGUCAGCUCCUGCAGAAGCUCCAGCUGCUGAGCUACUCGUGA